AUGCCCAAGACGCAUAGUGAUAGUGCCACUGAGCAGAUUUCAGAAGAAGAGUUCCAACCCGAUGAGGAGAAUGAGCGCGUUGAAAUCAACGAUGAGGAGGAUGAUGAGCUCAUCGAACCAGCUGAAAGAAACGGGUCGACCCAAGACCUUGCAAUAGAGUUAGUCGAUAGUGACGUUGAAGAAGAGAUUGGAGAUGGAGGAUUUGUUCAAGAAACUCGAAAGCGGAGAAGAAAGACGACUACAACGACCACAGCAAAAAAGAAAGCACCCCCUAAGAAGAAGAAGCCCCCAAAGGUAAAAGUACCCUAUUUCACUCGAAUCACAAAUAAACUAUAUGAACAACAUCCACACUUAAAAGACGUGUUCCCAUAUCUUGGGUCAAUUCAGUCGAUUCCAGUGGAAAGAGCUCCACAACCAGAAGGCAUGAAUAUCAAGCUUUUGCCGUUCCAAUUGGAAGGUUUGAACUGGUUGAUUAAACAAGAAGAAGGAGAAUUUGGAGGAGGAAUUCUUGCAGAUGAGAUGGGGAUGGGUAAGACCAUUCAAACAAUUGGUCUAAUGAUGAAUGAUUUAACUAAACGUCCCAAUUUGGUAGUGGGUCCAACUGUGGCUUUGAUGCAAUGGAAACAUGAAAUAGAGUCUCAUACUCAUGAGGGGAAAUUGAAAGUCUUACUUUAUCAUGGAGCCAAAAGAACUAAUGAUGUUAAAGAAUUGAUGAAGUAUGAUGUGAUUCUUACUUCUUAUUCAGUGUUGGAAUCGGUAUAUCGGAAGCAACAGUAUGGGUUUAAACGAAAAGCUGGGUUGGUGAAAGAAAAAUCACCUUUACAUUCAGUGAACUUUUAUCGUGUGAUAUUGGAUGAGGCUCAUAAUAUCAAGGACAGAACUUCAAAUACCUCCAAAGCUGCUAAUAACUUACAAUGUUCCAAACGUUGGUGCCUUUCAGGUACUCCAGUUCAGAAUAGAAUUGGAGAAAUGUACUCUUUGAUAAGAUUCCUUAAAUUAGAUCCAUUCCACCAGUAUUUCUGUACUAAAUGCGAAUGCCAGAGUGACGAAUGGAAGUUCUCCAACUACAGGACAUGUGAUCUCUGUGGUCAUGCUCCUAUGCUUCAUACAAAUUUCUUCAAUCAUUUCAUGUUGAAAAAUAUAUUGAAAUAUGGUAUUGCUGGAGAUGGAUUGGAAAGUUUUAAUAACAUUCAAUUACUACUUGGUCAUAUUAUGCUUAGAAGAACGAAGCUUGAAAGAGCUGACGAUUUGGGUUUACCUCCACGUACAGUGACAGUUAAAAAUUAUCGUUUCAAUCCUGAGGAGAAGGAUUUGUAUAUGUCGCUUUAUAGUGACUCCAAGAGACAGUUCAAUGAUUAUGUUGCACUGGGUGUCGUUUUAAACAACUAUGCUAACAUUUUCACCUUAAUUACUCGGAUGCGUCAAAUCGCUGAUCAUCCCGAUUUGGUAUUGAAGAAAGUCGGUUCCAGUUCUUCCACAACUCAUAUGGAGGGAGUAAUUAUAUGUCAGUUGUGUGAAGACGAAGCUGAAGAGCCCAUAGAAUCCAAAUGUCGACACCGGUUUUGUCGAAUGUGUAUUCAAGAAUAUGUGGAAGGAUUUGAUGGGAGUACACUGAAGUUAGAAUGCCCUGUUUGUCACAUUGGAUUGUCAAUAGAUUUGGAACAACCUGCACUUGAAGUGGACGAAGAGCAAUUCAAUAAGGCAUCGAUUGUCAAUCGGAUUAAUCAUUCAGGAGAUUGGAAAUCUUCAACCAAAAUCGAGGCAUUGGUGGAAGAUUUAUAUAAUAUUCGAUCUGAAAAGAAUACCAUUAAGUCCAUUGUAUUUUCUCAAUUCACUUCUAUGCUUGAUUUAAUUGAAUGGAGAUUGAAAAGAGCAGGAUUUGUAACUGUGAAAUUACAAGGGUCUAUGUCUCCAGAACAGCGUGAUAACACUAUUCGAUAUUUUAUGGAGAAUACGUAUGUGGAGGUUUUCUUAGUUUCUUUGAAAGCUGGUGGUAUUGCGCUUAAUCUUACAGAGGCCUCACGUAUCUUCAUUAUGGAUCCAUGGUAUAAUCCUACUGUUGAAUGGCAAGCGAUGGAUCGUGUUCACCGUAUUGGACAGAAAAGACCCAUUGAAAUUAUACGGUAUUGUAUCGAAGACAGUAUUGAACUGAAGAUUAUAGAACUACAAGACAAGAAAGCAGAUAUGAUUAAUGCAACUAUUCAAAAUGAUGAAGCGGCUAUUAAUCGGUUGACACCAGAAGAUCUUCAGUUCUUGUUCAACAAUUAG